CACGUGGUUUAAACCGACUGGCUUCCGUCACUAAACAGGUGAAUUCAAUCCGGAAGUGAGAUGCUCCUCGUCUCAAAGAUGGUGUCUUUCUGAGUGUAGAGCUAAAAAAGAAAAAUGGACACGCACAAAAAUGAGCGAUAGAUACUUUACGUCAAAUCAGAAGCAACCGGACAAGGUGAAAUAUCUGGUACUUUUCCGAGAACGCGUGUGUAUCUAACAGAAAUGGACUACAACGGAGCCGAAAUAGGGUCCUACACGGACAACCUCAUCGGGACUUUACUUGCAAUUUUUGGAAAUGUGCUUGUCAGCAUUUCUUUAACCGUUCAGAAAUACAGCCAUGUGAAGUUAGCAGGAACAAAGGAGCAUCGUGCCUUCUAUCGCACUAAAACCUGGUGGUCGGGUUUUAUAUUCACCUGUCUCGGGGAGCUAGCAAACUUUGUCUCUUAUGCGUUUGCCCCUCUUGCUAUUGUAGCCCCUCUCAAUGCCGUGUCAGUCCUGACUAGCUCAAUUUUGGGCUUCAUUUUCCUGCGUGAGAGACUGAAACCAAAGGACUUUGCAAAGCAGUACGGCCUCGUCUUCCUGGGCUACAUCCUUGUUAUUGGAGGGGCAUACCUCCUUGUAUCAUUUGGACCGAACUCUCAUGAAAAACUUAUAGCAGCUAACAUUGUGAAGCACCUUGUUGGAUGGCCUGUUCUCCUGUAUCUGCUCCUGGAGAUUAUCACAUUCUGCCUGCUUUUAUACUUCUACAAACGGCGCAAAGCUAACUACCUCGUUAUUAUUCUGCUACUGGUGGCACUGCUGGGCUCAGUUACGGUCUUGACAGUGAAGGCUGUGUCAGGCAUGUUGGUUCUCACCAUCGAAGGCACCAUGCAGCUUAACUACCCGAUCUUCAGCGUCAUGUUUGUGUGCAUGGUGGCGUCAGCGAUCUUCCAAGCAGGAUUUCUCUCCCAAGCUUGUAAGCUGCACGACUCCUCUCUCGUUGCGAGUGUCAACUACAUCCUCUCCACCUUCUUUGCCGUGUUGGCCGGAGCUGUGUUUUACUUGGAGUUUAGCAAUGAAGACAUUCUUCACAUCUGCAUGUUUUUGUUGGGAUCUGCAGUUUGUUUCCUUGGAGUGUUCCUUAUAACCAAAACCAAGAAAAAGGCAAGGAUAUUUGAGCCGUGCGUCACCUUGAAUAUGAGCAAUGGUGUCCCGACGAUCCACGACAAAGGCCCAGUCAUUCAGCCAGACUACAGUGGUUCCUUCUCCUAUGGGACUCUUGUCAACAACAAUGGAGUGGCUCCUGCUCCUCUCCCAGUCCACCUGGAAACGCCACCGCUCGGACCUAGAACCAGUGAUGCAUCACAAGGCCAUCCUGCCAUAAAGAGAGAUUAAACAUGAGUGCAUCUCCUGAUUCCCAAGUCCUCCAUUCAACAAUUAAUAACAUUCAAGUAGCUACAAAAGGCCAGCUCUGGCCUGACGCUCCUGUGCACAUCCUUGGAAAGCUUUCGUUUUUUAAAAGAUGUCCGCUGUAUUCAUUACAGGAAUGAACAGAAGAAACCCAAAGACUGUUUGAUGGGUUUGCAAACUUCACUUGAGAAAAAGAGACAGUGUUGCGCCUUGAAGCUGCCUACCUUAUACUUGAUGUCAUCUCGGAUACCUCCAGUGAGCACUCCACAAAUAGUUAGCAAUUUGUUCCCAUUCACUUAUCAAUGGGGCCAUACAAUGAUCUGUUCUUCCAUGGAGGACUCAAACCAUGGCUGUUUAUAAUAUAGCUUCUCAGACUUGUCAAAUUAUAUUUUGGCUUUAAAUGUUUCCCUCCCAACUGUCUUCCAUGCACAGUUUUCUGCCUUCUCUUAAUCCUGGGAGUGCACUGCACUGUUUCAUUUGUUAAUGUGACCAAACACUGGGUUGCAGUUGUCUUAAUUUAUUAUUAUGUAUUUAUUAAUCGUAUCUUAAAAGUUUUGAACGUGCCUUGAAAUCUGGUUCUGAACUGGAUCAUUUAUUGUAUAGAUGGUAGCUACAAAUUCUAUAGAACAUCUGUUGAUAAAAGGUGAGGGGAGUCUGUCAGGGACUGUCUUAAUCAGAAGUACAGUUGCAGUAAUUUCAUAUUGGGGGAUCUUAAAAAUUUGCAUCUUAAGAUUAAUAAGUAAAAUGGGUGUAAUAACAGAAUAUAUAAAAAAUGAAGCUGUCCAGCUAAAACGGUGCACAUCGUAAAUUGAACUUGUAACUUUUGGUUGUCCCUUUUCAACACAUGGGAGUUUUUGAGAACACUCAAAUCUAGAAAUAAAAAACGUAGUUGGUGUUACUCUUUUCUGCAGUGUCUUUCAAAUGCAAUUUUAUCAUUAGAUGAAGUGAUUGUUGCCUAAGUGGCACUUUAAGACACUUGCCAUCUGCACAUGGGUCACUGCAUCUCAUCAGUGUUAUUAGAACAGCUACCCGAGGGCUCGUUGCUUUAACACUGUUCAGUAUGUGGUUAUUGUGGUGAUAAUUAAUCUUCUAAUGAAACUGGGAUACUGUUGAAAAACGGCACUGGUAAUGUAAAUGUCAGAUUUUUGUCAUUGUAAAAUAUACAGUGGUGUGUAAUCUUGUCUCAUAAAGUUAACGUAAUGCA